AUGCACGCGUCGUCUCGACACGGAACCGUCGCCGCCGCGGCGCCCGCGCGCGGUGGGCGCGGCGGUCGCGAUCGAAGGCCCAAACGCGCCGACGCGCCGGACUGGGCGAAACCGCCCGCUCGCGGCAAACAGCGAGACUUUAAAAAUGAACAACGCGCCGCCGGUGGUGCGGAGAAAACGCGUCAAGACACGCCGCGAGCGACGACGUCACGAAGCGAGCGAGGCGUUCGCGCGUCCGAGGUCCUUCGUGCGGUCGCCCCGCGAACGAGCGCGAAGGCGUUCGAGGACGUGUCGCGAGGGACGACGGUGUUGUUCGACGACCCGCGGGAGGUGACGCUCGAGGAACAGUUGCACUACGAGCGAGAAGGACACGUGUGCAUUCGACGCGCCGUGGAGGGUGUGGAGAUGAUUCCAAUGGUAAAGGCGGUCACCGGAGAAAUAAUAGCGAGACGAUUAGAGGCGUACAGACACAGGGUGUCGGUGCUGUGUCCCGACGCACGCACAACGGAGCUUAAGGAUGUGGAAGAGUGCAAGCGCGCUUUGAAGAAACAUUCUCAGGAAGACGUGGGAUUUUUGCAGACUUUCAACUUGCACAGAAACGAAAGCAGCCCCGCUCGAGAGUACAUCAUGAGCAAACAGUUCGCCAAGAUCGCGGCCGAACUCAUGGGAUGCGAACGAGCUAGAAUUUAUCAGUCGUGCGUCUUCGUAAAGGAGCCCGGAAUGGCUGAGACGAAUUGGCACAGCGACCUCAACAUGGUGCCUCUCGACACCAACGACUUCGUAACGCUUUGGAUUCCUUUGCGUUCGCUCGACGAGGACGAUGCGGCGCUGCACUUUGCGAAUCGGUCCCACAGAGACUUCGCGCUGCCGUAUUGGCGAACGAUCGAGGGCAUGUCGGAUUUGGAAGGGAGGUAUGAAAUCGACACGUACGACGAGCUGGACUUGGGUGAUCUCACCGCACACCACGGAUGGGCUUUGCAUUGGAGUCCGCCACAGCCGAAGGAUUCGGUACCGCGGUAUGCCCUGAGUGUUUGCUACUUUGCCGAUGGCGCGAGACGACUCGAAACGGAAGAGCUCCGUCGCACGCCGCACGCAGAAGACGAGUGGUCGUACGAGACCUGGUUGCGUGAUCUUCAGCCGGGUGCGGUGGCGAAGCAUUUUGAGUUACCAAUCGUGUGGCCUUAG